UGUGUAAUUAAUUUAUUCGCUUAUUUUAAAUUCAGUUGCAUCAAAACUGUCACUUGUGCUGUAACAAUACAUAAAUAUUUUUUUUUUUAAUAUUUAAUACGUCAAUUGUUAUUUUAACAAGUUGAAUGCAGGCAGUAUGUUGAUACUUUAUAUGUUGCUUAUACCAGUGGCCAAUGUGUAUACAAUAUGCACAGGAAAACCUGAGCCAACAUGUGGACAAAACUCGACAUACAUAGACUGCCCUUCCGCUUGCCCAUCAACUUGCAAGUCACCAAACGAGAGGAACUGCAAUAAGAAAUGUGCACCCAAAGGCUGUCAUUGUAACCCAUCAUAUAUUUUAUCAAAACCAAAAGGGCAGUGCAUUCUUCCAACAGAGUGCCCAGGUGGCAACCCUUGUCCUCGAAAUGAGACAUUUGUAGCCUGCAGUAUAGGAUGUCCUACCAACUAUUGUCCAGUUGAUGACAGUCUUGCUAUUUUAAUUUGUGACCCAGCGUGGCCAUGUCCCUCGGGAUGCUCCUGUAAACCAAAUUACAAAAGAAAAAGUGUCAAAGAACCUCGUUGCAUACUAGCUGCAGAAUGCCCACCAGUGAAAUGCACUCGACCCAACGAGGAAUGGAAUCCGUGUACAAACUCUUGCCUUAGAGAGAACUGCUAUGAUUUGAAGGAGAAUCAUAUCGUCUGUAAGCCACAGGGCUGCGAGCCGCGAUGCACCUGCAAAAAAGGUUACUACAGAAAUGAUUCCGGUAUUUGCGUACCCGCGUCCCAAUGUUCCCCACCACCUAUUAAAUGCGGAGUCAACGAAGAAUAUUCCACGUGCAAAAUCAAAUGUCCGCCACAAUUUUGUAACAUUUCUUAUACGGAUUACGGAAUUUGCCCAAACGACACCAAAUGUGAACCUGGUUGUAACUGUAUUAAGGAUCAUCUCAGAGAUUUCGAAGGAAAAUGUGUUCUCAACGAUAAUUGUCCGCCACCACCAACUCCUUGCGGCGGAAAUGCGACACACACAGACUGCGCUUCGUCAUGCCCUCCCACUUGUCAGACUCCAAAACCAGAAGGUUGUAUAGGGUUAUGUAAACCAGACGUCAAGUGCCAAUGUAUGCCGUCUUAUGUCUUAUCACCAAACGGAGACUGUAUUUUGCCAGAAGACUGUCCAGCCUCACCACCUGUAUGUGGUGAGAAUGAAGUUUCAACUGUUUGUAAGAAGUCUUGUCCAUCUGAUUCAUGUGACAGUGAAAAGCAACAAGCUCUUUGUAGGCCGGGUCCUUGUCGGCCCGGUUGCAAUUGUAAAGAAGGUUACGCUCGAGAUGCAAAUGGAAAAUGUAUUCCAAAAGACCAAUGUCCAGCUAAGCCUAUUAAAUGUGGAAGCAAUGCCACUUUAGUAGAGUGCACUUCGGCGUGUCCUCGUACUUGUGAGGAAAAAAAACAGGAAAUAUGUAUUGCGCUGUGCAAACCUAAAGGCUGCGAAUGUAAGCCUUCUUAUGUCUUGUCACCAAAAGGAGACUGUAUUUUGCCACAAGACUGUCCAGCACCAAAUCCUUGUGGUGGUAACGCAACAGCCACAGAUUGCGCUUCGUCGUGUCCUCCCACUUGUCAGACACCAAAACCAGGGAUAUGCGCAGCGGUGUGUAAACCCAACGUAAAGUGCAAAUGUAAACCCUCUUAUGUGUUGGCACCAAACGGAGACUGUAUUUUGCCGCAAGACUGUCCAGCCCCACCACCAGUCUGUGGUGAAAAUGAAGUUUCAACAAAUUGUAAGACGUCAUGUCCAUCUGAUUCAUGUGACAGUAAGGAGCAACAAAGUUUAUGUAAGCCGGGCCCUUGUCGUCCCGGUUGCAACUGUAAAGAAGGUUACGCUCGAGACUCAAAUGGGAAAUGUAUCCCUAAAGACCAAUGUCCAAAAACACCAAGUACUUGCGGCGGCAAUGCGACAUAUACAGACUGCGCUUCGUCAUGCCCUCUCACUUGUGAGAAUCCAAAGCCCGAAGUCUGUAUAGAUGGGUGUAAACCUAACGUAACCUGUCAAUGUAAGCCCUCUUAUGUCUUGUCACCAAACGGAGACUGCAUUUUGCCGGAAGACUGUCCAGCCACACCACCUCCUGUAUGUGGUGAGAAUGAAGUUUCAACUGUUUGUAAGACAAGAUGUCCAUCUGAUUUAUGUGACAGUGGGAAGCAACAAGGUAUAUGUAGGCCCGGCCCUUGUCGACGCGGUUGCAACUGUAAAGAAGGAUACGCUCGAGAUUCAAACGGGAAAUGUAUUCCGAAAGAUCAAUGUCCAAAAACACCAAGUCCUUGUGGCAGCAAUGCCACAUACACAGACUGCGCUUCGUCAUGUCCUCCCACUUGUCAGACACCUAAACCAAAGUUGUGUCCAGCGGUGUGUAAACCUAACGUAAAGUGUAAAUGUAAGCCCUCUUAUGUGUUGUCACCAAACGGAGACUGUGUUUUGCCGCAAGACUGUCCAGCCCCACCACCUGUUUGUGGUGAAAAUGAAGUUUCAACAAAUUGUAAGACGACAUGUCCAUCUGAUUCAUGUGACAGUAAAGAGCAACAAAGUUUAUGUAGGCCGGGCCCUUGUCGUCCCGGUUGCAACUGUAAAGAAGGUUACGCCCGAGACUCAAAUGGGAAAUGUAUCCCAAAAGACCAAUGUCCAAAAACACCAAGUCCUUGCGGCGGCAAUGCGACAUACACAGACUGCGCUUCGUCAUGUCCUCUCACUUGUGAGAAUUUAAAGCCGGAAGUCUGUAUAUUUUUGUGUAAACCUAAUGUUACCUGUCAAUGUAAGCCCUCUUAUGUCUUGUCACCAAACGGAGACUGCAUUUUGCCGGAAGACUGUCCAGCUAUACCACCACCUGAAUGUGGCAAGAAUGAAGUUUCAACUGUUUGUAAGACUAGAUGUCCAUCUGAUUUAUGUGACAGUGGAAAGCAACAAGGUAUAUGUAGGCCUGGCCCUUGUCGUCCCGGUUGUAACUGUAAAGAAGGUUACGCUCGAGAUUCAAAUGGGAAAUGUAUACCGAAAGAUCAAUGUCCAAAAAUACCAACUCCUUGUGGCGGCAAUGCGACAUACACAGACUGCGCUUCGUCAUGUCCUCUCACUUGUGAGAACCCAAAGCCGGAAGUCUGUAUAUUUGGGUGUAAGCCUAACGUAACUUGUCAAUGUAAGCCCUCUUAUGUUUUGUCACCAAACGGAGACUGUAUUUUGCCGCAAGAUUGUCCAGCACCUAAAUGUGGAGGCAAUGCAACAAUAGUUGCUUGUGCUUCGUCGUGCCCUUCCACUUGCCAGACACUGAAUCCACAAUCCUGUACAGCACAAUGUAAUCCUAACAGCUGCCAAUGUAAUUCUUCAUAUAUCCUCUCGAAACCAAAGGGAGAAUGUAUUUUACCGGUAGACUGUCCAGGAGGUAGCCCGUGUUCGCAGAACGAAACGUUUGUAGCAUGUAAUAUAAGAUGUCCAAAUAGUUAUUGUCCCGUGGACGACAGACAGGGAAUACUUAUCUGUGACCCUCCGCGACCCUGCCCCUCAGGAUGUUCAUGCAAGCUGAAUUAUAAGAGAAAGAGUAUGAAAGAUCCCCGGUGCAUUCUGGCUGAAGAGUGUCCACCAGUAAAAUGUACACGACCUAAUGAAGAAUGGAACACUUGUCCAACAUCGUGUUUGAAAGAGAAUUGCGAAGACCUAAAAAUAACAAACACAGCGUGUAAGCCAUCGCGGACGAAUUGUCAACCGCGUUGUGCUUGCAAAGAAGGUUUCUAUCGGAAUGCGUCAAGAAUUUGUGUACCCGCUUCGGAAUGUUUCCCAUCAAAUACAUGUGACAUUCCUGAUGAAUGUAAAGCCACUUGCGCGGAACCAAAUCCUAAGAACUGUCCGUAUCAAUCCGCUACAAAGAAUGUGGAAGGCUGCAAGUGUAAACCAGGAUUUGUUUUAUCGGACAAAAAUGGUGAAUGCAUAAGAAUCGAGGAAUGCCCUGCUGAAUCUGGAUGCAAUGGAGAUAAUAACGCUUUUAUAACCAAAUGCCCUCCUCCAUGCCCGUCUACGUGUGAAUCUCCAAAUGAAGUGCCAUGUAAAAAGAGUUGUUUACCCGUAGGCUGUAAAUGUAAAGACGGAUUUAUUUUGUCUAAAUUAAAUGGAAUUUGCAUCAAACCGGAUAAUUGCACAGGUGGUAAUCCGUGUAAAAAUGGAGCAUUUACUAGUUGCAACAACAAAUGUCCUUACAACUAUUGUCCGAUAGACGAUUCGCCACCGGAUUACAAUUGUACGGCGCCGAAUCCUUGCCGUUCUGGUUGUAUUUGCAGGUUCAAUCACAGGAAGAAGAGCGUUAGCGACGAACAGUGUAUCUUGGCAUCAGACUGUCCUCCAGUUAACUGUACAAGACCUAACGAAGUUUGGGACUCUUGUCCAUCAGCAUGUCUAAACGAAGGUUGUGAAAAUGCAGGCAAAAAACCGCCAGUUUGCAACACACUUAUAUUAAACUGUCAACCUAGAUGUGUCUGUAAGCCUAAGACUUACAGAGAUAAAAAUAAUGUUUGUGUACCAGUGGACCAAUGCCCCGCUCCACCAGUCGUAUGUGGUGAAAAUGAAGUUGAAACUUGUAAUUUUGAUGAUGACUACAGUACUGAAGUGAGCGUUUGCAAACCAACUUGUAAUUGCAAAGAAAAUUAUUCAAGAGAUUCAAAUGGGAAAUGUGUUCCUGAUAGACCAGUUUGUAGUUUAAAGACUUGCGAUGUUCCAACUGAAUGUAGACGUACUUGCGCCGAACCUAAUCCAAAGAAUUGUUCUUAUGAAGAAGUGUCCGAAAACCAAAACGGUUGUAAAUGUAAGCCGGGGUAUAUCCUGUUAGACAAAAGCGGUAAAUGUGUUAAAAUCCAAAAUUGUCCAUCGGAUUUGAGUUGCAAUGGCGACGCUAAUGCUGUGGUGUCUCAGUGCCCAUCGCCAUGUCCAUCCACGUGUUCAGCUCCUAAUGAAAUCCUCUGUAAAAAAUCUUGUCUGGACGUUGGAUGUAAAUGCAAAGAGGGAUUCAUCUUAUCAAAGUUAAAUGGUAUUUGUAUACCACCGGAGAAGUGCAAAGGUGGUAACCCGUGUGGGAAGAAUGCGACAUUUUCUAGCUGCAGCAACAGAUGUUCCUACAAUUACUGCCCUAAGGAUGAUUCUCCGCCUAACUAUAACUGCGCGCUGCCAUAUCGUUGUCCGUCGGGAUGUGUUUGCAACCUUAACUAUAGAAGGAAAAGUAUUGACGACAGACAAUGUAUUCUUGCAUCUGAGUGUCCUCCUGUAAAUUGUACACGACCUAACGAAGUUUUUGACUCCUGCCCGUCCGAUUGUCUUCAAGAAAGAUGUGAAGACGCUGGUAAGGAUCCGGUACCGUGUAACACAUUUGUUUUGAACUGCCAACCAAAGUGUGUGUGCAAGGCAAAUACAUUCAGGAAUAAGGACAACAUUUGCGUGCCAGUUAGCAAAUGCCCAAAGAAGAAAUCUACUCGAUGUGGCCAGCAGAAAAGUAAGCAAUCCCCGGUGAUGACGCAAGUAACUGCUGAAGUAUAGUACUUACAUAUAUAAAAAAUACAAAAUUUAUAAUCAUGUUAUACUUAACAAAAAAUAUAUAUCUGACUAUUA